UUACUAGCCCGGGGCGGCCGCUCCCAGCCUCCGCCCCGCGGACCUUGGAGCCGGGGCCUGACUCUGCCGUGAUUCCUCUCCACCCAAAAUGUUUUCUCUGGGGUCCUGGCUGCCGGCAUGGCCCGGGCUAGCGUGGGGCUGGGCGCUGCUGGAUGCGCUGCUGCAAGGGCUGGUGGGUGCCUGCGCCGUCUCGGUGCUCUGCAGCCUCAUGAAGGUUUAUCUCUACAUCCAGUGCCUGAACGACCCUGCGAGGCAGGCGGAGAAGGAGGCGAUCCGAGCCCAGCGGGAGGCGCUGGAGCCGCUGCAUGUGGUGGUGCUGACGGCGGCGCUGGCGCUGGUGGGGUCCCGAGUGGCCGCGCUGGUGGUGUUGGAGUUCUCCCUGCGCGCAGUCUCCAUGCUGCUGUCCGUCGGCAAGGGCACCCCCAGCAGCCAGCUCUACCUGCUGUGCCAGUACUCGCUGGGCUGCGGCAUGUCCUGCGGCCUCAGCUUCUUGCUGGAAGGGGCUCCCCACAGCACCUCCAACCUGGCGCUGGCUGCGGGGCUGGCAGGGCUGCUGGCCGCCUACAGCCGGCGCCUGGCCCGGCACGUCUGCAGCCUCUACGAGCUGCACAGCCGGCAGCGGUACUGCGGCGUCUGCCUCCUGCUGCUGGCCUCCGGGCACGGCAUCCCCCGGCUGCUGCGCAACGCCCUGGCCCUCACCUUCGCCCUGGCAGACCUGGCUGCCGUGGAGCUCAUCAACAGGGACUUCCUCUCCACGCUGGAGGCUCUCCGCUUCUGGACGCCGCUCACCAUCUGCUACACCCUGCUGGUCAUCUACAUGCAAGAGGGCCCGCGGCGGAGCGCUCACCAGACGGUGCUGGUGCGGAUGGGAGGCCUCUUCAUCCUCCUCCUCACCGUUGGCCGCUGGCCUGACGUCUUCCACAUCCUCAUCUCUCUGCUGGCAGAGUUCUGGUGCCUGCUCCGUGCUGGCAUCAUGCUGGAUAUGUGCCAGCAGCAGGGCUUCACCCAGCAGCUCCAGAUGGACAGGCAGCUGGGAUCCAAACCAGGCUCAGAGGCAACCUCCUGA